UGAUCAAAUUAACUUCAGCUUUUAGUGUAUUGUCUUCCCAUUGCUAGUUUUGAGAUGCACAGAAUACCAUCUUCCCUUCUUCCCAUCCAUGCCCCAACUUAUGGGAAUCUGAUCACUGUUCUCAGUAUAGAUGGUGGUGGUAUAAGAGGGAUUAUCCCUGCUACAAUACUUGCUUUCCUCGAAACUCAACUUCAGGAGCUGGAUGGGGAAGAUGCCAGACUUGCAGACUACUUCGAUGUGAUCGCAGGGACAAGCACCGGUGGCCUUAUAACUGCCAUGCUGACGGCUCCAAAUGAAGAUAAUCGACCUCUCUUUGCUGCCAAGGAUAUCAAACAAUUUUAUCUCGACCACUGCCCCAAAAUCUUUCCUCAACAGAAGGGUAUAUGGGGCUCAAUUAGAAAGAUGUGGAGAUCAUUUAAAGGACCAAAAUAUGAUGGGAAAUACUUCAACUGGUUGGUAAGGGAUAAACUAGGAGAGACUAAAUUGCAUGACACCCUGAGCCAUGUUGUGAUUCCAACUUUUGAUAUCAAACGUUUGCAGCCAACCAUUUUCUCUACUUAUGAGGUGAAAAGAUCUCCAUAUCUGGAUGCUUCACUAGCUGACAUAUGCAUCAGCACUUCAGCAGCCCCAACAUACCUUCCUUGCCACUACUUCGAGAUCAAAGAUCAUGAGGGAACCAUUCGAGAUUUCCAUCUUGUUGAUGGUGGUAUAGCUGCAAACAAUCCGGCUUUAGUUGCAAUAACCCAAGUGACCAAACAAAUCUUUGAUGAAAAUCCCGAUUUCUUCCCAAUUAUGCCCAUGGACUGUGGCCGCUUUCUAGUGAUCUCAAUAGGCACUGGCUCACCAAAGAUAGAGCAGAAAUACGAUGCCGAAGAGGCAGCCAAAUGGGGCACGUUGAGUUGGUUUCUUCACGGUUGUUCCGUUCCAUUAGUGGAUAUGUUCACUCAAGCAAGCGUUGAUAUGGUAGAUUUCCAUAUUUCUGUGUUGUUCCGAGCACUUCAUUCUGAAAAAACCUAUCUCAGAAUUCAAGAUGAUACAUUGACUGGAAAAGAAUCUUCGGUGCACAUUGCCACGGGCGAAAACUUGGACAGGCUUGUGCAAAUAAGUGAAAGGCUAUUGAAGAAACCGGUUUCCAGGGUGAACUUUGAGACGGGGUUGUGCGAGCCAGUUGAAAAUGGUGGCACUAACGAGGAGGCUCUAAGGAAAUUUGCAAAAUGCUUUCUGAAGAGAGGAGACUUCGAGAGACCAAAUUAUCAAAAACCAACAGGGAAUUUGUUUGCGGAACCCGUUCAACUCCACAAUAGAAGAUAAAGCAUAUCAAUUAUUCAGAACUCUCCUAUGGAGUUGAAAAUCAUAACAUGUAAUAUUUCUUUAUUAAUUUAAUUCAUCUCAUAAAUAAUUAACCAUAA